ACAUCAUGGUGGAGGAGUUUGUGGAGCACGGGCCCCUGGACGUGCUGCUGCGCAAGGAGAAGGGCAGGAUCUCGGUGGGGUGGAAAAUCACCGUGGCCAAACAGCUGGGCAGUGCCUUGAGCUACCUGGAGGAUAAGAACCUGGUGCACGGGAACGUGUGUGCCAAGAACAUCCUGCUGGCCAGGAAGGGGCUGGAGGAUGGAUCUGUGCCCUUUGUGAAGCUCAGCGACCCCGGGGUCAGCUUCACCGUGCUCUCCCGGGAAGAGCGCGUGGAUAGGAUUCCCUGGAUCGCCCCGGAAUGCAUCCGGGAUGUGGGGAACCUCAGCACGGCGUCGGACAAGUGGAGUUUUGGGACAACGCUCCUGGAAAUCUGCUUCGAUGCCGACGUCCCGCUGAAGGAGCGCACUCCCUCCGAGAAAGAGCGUUUCUACGAGAAGAGGCACCGGCUGCCGGAGCCUUCGUGCCGGGAAUUGGCCUCGCUGAUCUCCCGGUGCCUCAACUACACCGCGGUGGAGCGGCCGUCCUUCCGCACCGUGCUGAGGGAGCUGACCCGGCUGCAGCCGCACCAUCUCGUGGACGUCACGUCGGUGAAUCCCGAUUUCCCGGUGUCGGAUCCCACCGUCUUCCAGAAGCGGUACCUGAAGAAAAUCCGGGAGCUGGGCGAGGGCCACUUUGGGAAGGUGAGCCUGUGCUGCUACGACCCCACCAACGACGGCACCGGGGAGAUGGUGGCGGUGAAAUCCCUGAAAUCUGGGAGCAGCCCCCAGCUCCUGAGCUCCUGGAAGAGGGAAAUCCAGAUCCUCAAGACCCUGUACCACGAGAACAUCGUCAAGUACAAGGGCUGCUGCAGCGAGCAGGGGGACAAGGUGGUGCAGCUGAUCAUGGAGUACGUCCCGCUGGGGAGCCUCCGGGAAUUCCUGCCCAAGCACCCCCUGAGCCUGUCCCACCUCCUGCUCUUCGCCCAGCAGAUCUGCGAGGGCAUGGCCUACCUGCACUCCCUGCACUACAUCCACCGGGACCUGGCAGCCAGGAACGUGCUGCUGGAGAACGAGCACGUGGUGAAAAUCGGGGAUUUUGGGCUGGCCAAGGCUGUCCCCGAGGGCCACGAGUACUACAGGGUGCGGGAGGACGGCGACAGCCCCGUGUUCUGGUACGCCCCGGAGUGCCUCAAGGAGUGUAAAUUCUACUAUGCCUCGGAUGUUUGGUCCUUUGGGGUGACCCUCUACGAGCUCCUGACGCGCUGCGACCCCGGGAGCAGCCCCCCGGCCAAAUUCCUGGAGAUGAUCGGGGCCACGCAGGGGCAGAUGACAGUGCUGAGGCUGAUCGAGCUCCUGGAGAGGGGGAAGAGGCUCCCCAUGCCCAGGGAUUGUCCCUGCGAGGUUUACCGGCUGAUGAAGAACUGCUGGGAGGCCGAGGCCUCGUUCCGCCCGGCCUUCCCCAACCUCGUGCCCGUCCUGAGGAGUUUCCAGGAGAAAUACCGGGCUCAGGCCCCCUCUGUCUUCAACCUCUGCUGAGGGGGGACCCCAAAAUACCCUGGGACUGGGGGGAAAACACCCCCAAAAAAAUCCUAUGGGAUAGGGGUGGGGGAACCCCAGAAAAUCCAAUGGGGAUUGGACUGGGGGGAGAAAUCCCAUAAAAAUCCCAUAGAAUGGCUGGGAAAAAUCCCAAAAAAUC